GCAGCUGCGGGCAGAGGACGGGCCCGGCGGCCGCGAGCGGGAGCAGCGGGAGGAUCCGGAGCAUCCGGAGCAUCCGGGCCUCGGCCGGCCUGUGGGAGCUUCUAAGGGGUCUGGGCUGGUGGACCAAGGAUAAGGUGGAAAAGGGAGACAAGAACAGAAUUACCCACACCUUUUCAGCACAGGGCAUCAGGCCAAGGGAGCAGCAAGUAAGUGGGCCCGGGAGAGAACCAGCUUUACCGGAUUAUCCGAAGCAGCUGGCGAUCUUUAAUAGAGCAUCACUGGGGAAAAGAGACUUUAUCUAGAGGAAAUAUUAUUGUAGAGCAUAAUCUGUAACCAUGACCACAGAAGUAGGCUCAGACACUGAAGUAAAGAAGGAAUCUGAACAGGUGGAUUCAGAUUCAACCAAGGAAAAGCCCGAAGAAGCCUCAGAAAGAGAGCAGAAUCAGUCAUCCGAACAGGAAGAUGAGGAAGAAACUGGCUCUUCCUCUCCCACUGCGGCAGCUAGUCCAAAGAGCCCAAGGAGCCAGAAGAAGAAGGAGCCUUCGGAGAGCAGGGGCUUCUCUCGCUUCCUACCUCCAUGGCUUAAGAAGCAAAAGUCUUAUAACCUAGUGGAGGCUAAAAAUGGAGGAGAGAAACAAACCCCAGAGCAAGCAGGGGAGGAAGAGCAGAAGCAAGGUGACCGAGAGGAUGUGUUACCAGAGGAGGAGCGUCCGGCCAAAGGGGACUCUGAAGAGACAGCUGACAGGAAACAGCAGGACGCUAAAGUUGAAGACAAAGAUGAGAAACGUUCAGUGAGCAGUGCUGAGACCCAGCCUGCUAAAGAAGACAGUAAGGAGAUAGAAGUGGAAAAGGUAGAAGAAAUACAGGAAGACAGAACAGAGGAAGAAGAGGUAAAAAGAGAAACCAAGGAAGUUCAGACGACCGAUCUCAAAGCGGAGAAGGUGUCUCAGAAGGCUGCCAAGAAGAUAAAAACUGUGCAGUGUAAAGUGAUGCUCCUAGAUGGCACAGAAUACAGCUGUGCCCUAGAGAAACGGGCAAAGGGUCAAGUGCUUUUUGACAAAGUCUGUGAGCAGCUCAAUCUAUUGGAGAAGGACUACUUUGGGCUUCUGUUUCAAGAGAACACAGAACAAAAGAACUGGCUGGAUCCCUCAAAAGAAAUCAAGAGGCAAAUGAGAAAUCUUCCCUGGCUAUUCACUUUUAAUGUGAAGUUUUAUCCUCCUGACCCUUCCCAGUUGACUGAAGACAUCACCAGAUACUUUCUGUGUCUUCAGCUUCGUCAGGAUAUUGCUUCUGGGCGCCUGCCGUGUUCUUUCGUGACUCACGCCCUCCUCGGCUCAUACACUCUGCAGGCCGAGCUGGGGGACUAUGACCCAGAGGAGCACAGCAGUGAUUACAUCAGUGAAUUCCAGUUUGCUCCUGGCCAGACAAAGGAGAUGGAAGAAAAAGUAGUGGAACUGCACAAAACACACAGGGGUUUGACUCCUGCACAAGCUGAUACUCAGUUCUUGGAAAAUGCAAAGAGACUCUCCAUGUAUGGAGUAGAUCUACAUCAUGCUAAGGAUUCAGAAGCUGUGGACAUUAAGCUGGGUGUAUGUGCUAAUGGAUUGCUUAUUUAUAAAGAUAGACUCAGAAUCAAUCGUUUUGCCUGGCCUAAAAUCUUAAAAAUCUCUUAUAAACGCAGUAACUUCUACAUUAAAGUCAGACCAGCAGAGCUGGAACAGUUUGAGAGCACCAUUGGGUUCAAACUGCCAAACCAUCGAGCUGCUAAAAGGUUGUGGAAAGUGUGUGUGGAGCAUCAUACCUUCUACAGACUUGUGUCUCCUGAGCAGCCACCAAAGGCCAAGUUCCUGACUUUGGGAUCCAAGUUUCGCUACAGUGGCCGCACACAAGCGCAAACCCGGCAGGCCAGCACCCUCAUAGACCGGCCAGCCCCGUAUUUUGAACGCACUUCCAGUAAACGGAUCUCUAGGAGUCUGGAUGGAGCGCCUGUUGGUGUCAUGGAUCAAAGCCUGCUACGGGAUUUCUCUGGCCCCACUGGUGAGAUUUCUGUUUAUGGCCCUGGAGCUGCCAGUCAUGUCACACUGCAAGAUGGAGAAGCCAGAAGAGAGGUCAGAACCCCAACAAAAAUGCCACAUUUACAGCUCCCCACUGAAGGAAAGGUGAAGACCCAACUGGCUUACUGUGGGGCUGAAUCAAAGCAGGCAGAGACUGAAGAAGAGGAAACCCAACCAAAGGACCUGGAUAAGGCCCAGGACGACAUACUGAAACAUCAGGCUAGCAUUAGUGAACUCAAGCGCAAUUUUAUGGAAUCCACACCUGAGCCUCGCCCUAAUGAGUGGGAAAAGCGGCGUAUCACACCUCUGUCCCUACAGUCACAAGGGAGAAAAGGAGAUCGCAUUUUCAAAGAUGAGAAGGCACAGACUCUACCACCCCGGACUACUGAAGAAAAGCAUGAGGAAACAGACAAGAGUCUAGAAGAGGAGAUAACCUCAAUUUUAUUUAGUAAAGAGGGCUUUUCUGCUAGUGCGAAAACCACCUUCAUUCCAGCUACCCCUCGGACAGCAGAGGGCACUGUUGUGAAAAACAAUGUCUCCUCUGAAGUGCUUUCCGCCUCCACCUUCUCACAGUUAUCAGAGAAACCUGCUUCCAGAGCAGAAGGGCCUUACACUGGAACCACCGACACUGUUAAGAGUUCACAUGAAACUCUGAUUGUAGUGGAGGAGAAGCAGCAGUUAGAGGUUGGGCAAGAGCAAAGAGGAAUCACAGAAGAGAUGAAUGGUGAGGGGAAAAUUCCACCCAGCAAGGAGCCCAAGGAGGCUCGUCAGGGGGAGCCCCUGAUUCAGAAGGACUCCACGUCACUGUCAUCCGAAAGCAGCAGCAGCAGUAGUGAGAGUGAGGAAGAAGAUGUGGGAGAAUACCGGCCCCAUCCUCGAGUGACAGAGGGCACCAUCAGGGAAGAACAGGAGGAAAAUGAAGAAGACUUCAAGGAGAAGGAAGAUCAGACCGCAAAGGUAGUACAGAGUCUGGAAGCUGUGCGGGAAGUCAACUCGGUAAAUCAAACAGUUGUCCAUACGGUCCCCACAGAAACAGUGACCCAGGAAAACCUAGUUUCCCCAGUCAUCCCCGGAGAGAUGCGGUUAACAGAUGGGGUUAAGCAAGACACGAGAGAAGACACAGAGGAAGAGCAGCAUAAAGUAAACGGAGAUGUGUCUCAUGUGGAUAUUGAUGUUGUGCCACAAAUUAUUUGUUGUUCAGAGCCACCAGUGGUCAAAACAGAGAUGGUAACUAUCUCUGAUGCCUCACAAAGGACAGAAAUCUCCACCAAGGAAGUCCCAAUUGUCCAAACAGAGACCAAAACCAUCACCUACGAGUCUCCCCAGAUUGAUGGUGGUUCUGGGGGUGAUUCGGGUGUGUUGUUGACUGCACAGACCAUCACAUCUGAAUCCAUUUCUACGACUACAACCACACACAUCACCAAGACAGUUAAAGGUGGAGUGUCAGAAACAAGAAUAGAGAAACGCAUCGUUAUCACCGGAGAUACUGACAUUGACCAUGACCAGGCAUUGGCCCAGGCAAUUAAAGAAGCCAAAGAGCAGCACCCUGACAUGUCGGUCACAAGAGUGGUGGUGCACAAAGAGACAGAAGUGACAGAAGAAGGAGAGGAGUAAAAUCAAGAAGCGGUCUAUAAACAAACACACAGCUUCAAGGACAUGAAGAAUUUGGACCAUUUCAAGUUAUGAUGUCACACCACUACUUUCAGUGAAUUUCAUACCACGACUGGUAACACUGACCAGACCCUGAAGAUUAAAAUGCCAACACCAAACGUUACCUUAUUCUCUGGUCUAUACUGUUCCUUUGCAUCUUACCUUUUAUUUCUUUUUGUAUAACCACUUUUUAACAUUCUUUAAUUUUUUUUUGGAGGUUUAGGGUUUGCUUUGGACUUUGUAUACUUUAUGUCUGAUUUUUGAUGAAAUGACAGUGAACAGAGCCAGUGUCUGCAAAUAAGGUGCUGUUCACUUGAACAGGUGCUGUUGUUCAGAAAAGAAAAUAUUUCACUAAUUUAGAUACCAUUUUCAGAAACUUUCUGACAUUUUACUGGAAUACUUUUUGGGUUUUUUUCAGACUGAGGAAAAUAAUACUGUAUUAGAUAAUACCAAGGGUAGGGUUUUUUUUUUUUAAAGUUUCCUACAUUUUGCAAAAUUUUGGGUGUUUGAGAAUUUCACUUUGGGUGCAUUUUGUACUGACCCCUUUUUUAACUCUUUCUCAUUUAAAGUUUUUUACUUUCAGGAAAAAGAAAAGCUUAUUCUUCAGAUUAGAGAGAGUUAUGAAGGAGUUCACUGACUGAGUACUGUGUUUCAAGACCUAUUUGCACUGCUGUGCUAAUGUUCAACCAUUUCUCAGACAUGGAGGCUCCUGAAACAUUCCAGAGAAGGGAGGGAAAGAGAGGAGGGAAGACAUAUUUCUUCCUGUUCAACAAAAGAUUUGGACAGCGUAAAACCGUAGUGCUGCUUUCUUAACAUGUCCAAAUUCUAGCCCUUUCCAUUAUUCAGAUACUCAUGUAGAAUGCUCGCUUUUGAUUAAACCUCCCUGUCUACACGUUAGUGCUGACUCUCUGUUACUGAGCUGAUAGUUUAUCACAGGUUUGGGAGACCUCUGAGGGAAAGGAAUGAGUGUUGUGGUGGGUUUGAUGUCAGGAAUAAGAAGGUACACCAUUUGGAAUACUGUCACCAGAACGACCUGUACAGGGACUUAACUGUCAAUUUUUUUUUCUGUUGAUGCUGUGUAUAGUUAAGAUGCCAAAUUAGAUUUAUAGCAGCUUCAAGUUGUAUUAAGUGAUAUGUUGCUUUCUGUAAUACAGUUAUAAAAUAAAAGUUUGUUUAUUCUCUAAA